ACAUAUAAUUUCUCUAAGAAAGAAAUUCAAAAUACAAGAUAAAUAAAUUCUAGAAAUCAAAUUUUACAACGUAAACUCUUGGUCUUACCAUAUUUAUUGGAUUGGAUAAAUAUGCAACAAAUUUACAACCAAACCCAACAAAAAUCAGGAACCGAAAAGCCCUAACGUCCCCCCUUUAAAACGCUUUAAGGCGCCGAAACUCUAUUUAGGGUUUCCCCUUUAGCUAUAAGAAUCUCUCGGCGGAAUUUGAGCUUUUUCAAGGGUUUGCCAUCGGUUAACAAUGGCGGUGGAGACGUCGAGAAUGACAGGUGUGGUGUCCAAGUUCAACAACCAAAAAGGCUACGGAUUCAUCAAGCCUGAUGAUGGAUCCGAGGAUCUAUUCGUUCAUCAAUCUGAGAUCAAAUCCGACGGCUACCGUUCUCUCUACGAAGGCCAGAAAGUGGAGUUCACAAUGAUUGUGAAGGGUGAUAAGUAUCAGGCUAAUGAUGUCACUGGUCCUGAUGGUGCUCCUCUCGAUAGUGGCCGUAACAAUACCCGUGGUGGUUACGGCUAUGGCGGUAACGGUUAUCGCAGGAACGGCGGUGGUGACGGUGGAUAUCGUAGUGGCGGUGGUGAGUGUUAUACCUGUGGAAAGACGGGACAUUUAGCUAGGGAUUGUGAUCGUAGCAGUGGAGGCGGCGGUGGUGGUGGUGGCAGAGGCGGCGGGUGUUAUAACUGUGGUGCGAGUGGGCAUUUAGCGCGGGAUUGUGACCGUGCCAGUGGUGGUGGUGAUGGUUAUCGGAGGAGUGGUAAUGAUGGUUGUUACACUUGUGGCGGGUAUGGCCACAUGGCUCGAGACUGCCCGAGUAGUGGACGUCUUGGUGGUGGUGGUGGUGGUGGAGGAGGUAAUGGGGCUUGUUACACAUGCGGUGCACAAGGACACAUGGCAAGAGACUGUCCCCGUGAGGGUGGGGUUAGUGGUGGUAGUUAUGGGAGAUAUGGUGGUGGUGGUGGUAGUGGACGAGGAAGCAAGUGUUACAACUGUGGAGAGGCGGGUCACUUUGCUAGGGAAUGCACUAGCCAAUCCGUCAACUGAUCAUGUGUCAAUUGAAGUGCAAGUUUGGGAAUCAAAUUCUGAAGAGUAGCUGGAUAAGCUUUUGCGAAUAUUUGUUUUGAAAUAACAUUUAAUCUUAACUAGCUUGAGAUUGAGUAGUAGUUGGUUGACCGAGUAGUUUCCGGUGGAACACUUGAUACAUAAACAUUGUCCCCCUUUAGACUUUUUAAAUACGGUCAUAUGGUGCAUUGUACAUUUGUAGUUGAAACAGUGGGAGUUACAUGACCCCUGGUCCGGAUGUUUGGUUGAGAUUUAGGCCAUUGUUAUCUUUUUUUAUUGUUA